AUGCUGUGGCUGCUGGUCCUGACCCUCCCCUGCCUGGGGGGCUCCAUGCCCAGGAACCCAGAGCCCGGCGCGGGGCGUGAGCUGGUGGGCAUCGUCGGGGGCUGCGACGUCUCGGCCAGGAGGUACCCCUGGCAGGUCAGCUUGAGGUUCUACAGCAGGAAGAAGGGCCUGUGGGAGCACAUCUGCGGGGGCUCCCUCAUCCACCCAGAGUGGGUGCUGACCGCCGCCCACUGCCUCCAGCCGGAGGAGCUGGAGGCCUGUGCGUUCAGGGUGCAGGUCGGGCAGCUGAGGCUCUAUGAGGACGACCAGCCGACGAAGGUGGUUGAGAUCGUCCGUCAUCCCCGGUACAACAAGAGCCUGUCGGCCCAGGGCGGUGCAGACAUCGCCCUGCUGAAGCUGGAGGCCCCAGUGCCGCUGUCUGAGCUCGUCCACCCGGUCUCGCUCCCGCCUGCCUCCCUGGACGUGCCCUCGAGGAAGACCUGCUGGGUGACCGGCUGGGGUGACAUUACGUACAACCAGUCGCUGCCCCCACCCUACCACCUGCAGGAGGUGGACGUCCCCAUCGUGGGGAACAGGGAAUGUGAGCAGCAGUACCAGAAUGAGUCCUCAGGCAGCGACGACAGAGUCAUCCAAGACGACAUGCUCUGUGCUGGGAGUGAGGGCCGGGACUCCUGCCAGAGUGACUCUGGAGGCCCCUUGGUGUGCAGGUGGAACUGCACCUGGGUCCAGGUGGGGGUAGUGAGCUGGGGCAAAUUCUGCGGCCUUCGUGGCUACCCCGGCGUGUACGCCCGCGUGACGAGCUACGUGUCCUGGAUCCGCCAGUACGUCCCUCCGUUCCCCAGACCCUAG